AUGCUGUCUUCGGUGGUAGACUUCUUUCGCGACCGCUACCUUCCACCAUAUUGCGACUGCUGCAACCACAACUUCGAAAUCCUGUCUCUUGAAAGCGAGUCGAGUGGAGAUUCUGCAAGUCGAAAUUUCCUACGGCAAGGGCUGGCGUCUUUCAAGCGAUGGACAUCAGAAGUGAUGGUCAAGCCACUCAUAGCCAAGGAGAGAAAAGCCAGCACGAAGCAACGAAUCAAAAAAUUCUUUCAGCUAGGAAAGAUUAUUGGGCGAGAGACGAAGCACGUCAAGAGUGACCAAAUGAUAGCCCGGAACGAAUCUGGACGAGAGUCCUGUCUGGAUUGCUCAAAAUCCAACAUAUACACCGACAUGGGCUCAAUAUUCGCCUCCAUUGCCGAGUCUGAUAAGCCCCUUCAAAAGGAACCCAAUUCGCCCAUGAUCUGCUUCCUCAUCCACCUUGCAUCCGACCUCAAUAUCCAGGGGCCAUUCCUGUCACGGCUCCACAGACUACCGGCUGACGUCACGCAGACCGAUGGAUUGUCUAGCCUGAGCUGCGCAUCGACCUGGCUACAGUCCUCUCUGGUCCUAAUUCGCGACUCUUACUCACCUGACUCUACACCACUAGACCUGCAACUGCCGUUUGUGGUUUUAGAAACGGAGUAUCAGCGUGCUCGUGCUCGGGCGACGGCACUGCAACAGCAGUGUCCGGAUGAGCAGGUUGUAACCGCGACAUUGGACCUGGCGGUGUUGAAAGCGGCGAAGCUCGUGACCUCGGCUGAGCAUGCAUUCAGGAUGCUGAGAGUGCCGAUGGAGAGCGUGGACUUCUCACAGCGGCUGUUGGUGUGA